AUGGAGGCUGCGAGCGACUACGAGCCCAUCGCGUCGGUGGUGGACCGGGCAGCGCGAGGUGCCGCCGUGGCGCUGGCGAUGCAGCAUCAGCUCUUCAGCUUGACCGGCGAGCGUCCAGCGCGACAGCGGCCGGUCUUUUGCAUCUGCGCGUCCGGCACCUACUGGAGGAUCCUCGUUUCCGUCGCCGUCGCAGGCCAGGGCGGUGGGAACAGCUAUCACGUCUACCCCAUCGACCACUUCGACACCCUGCAUGCCAAAGACAUGUUCCGGCUCCAACUCGUCCUCGACAGGAUCCGACGCUUCGCGACUCAGCGACAUCGGCUCGAGAUUGAGCAAGCUGUUCGAUGUCUCUUGAGUCGUCGGGACCACCCGUCGACACACGACUGCGGCACUGCAGGCGAGGCGUAG